AUGGCUUCCGACUAUGGUCGAGAAACCAGGGUUUGUUACGCCAACUCUACCAGAACAAGCAUCGGCUUCAACAAUGGCAAUGGCUUGAAAGUUGUCAGUCCACGCAUGUCAGCAGAACAAGGUGACCAUGAGUGGUACUACAAUGCCUUUCCGUCCCGAAAGAGCCUCAGGGCCUCCGACCAAUCUGUCAAGCUGAUCCAUGAAACCAAAGCCUUCAGAGAGUAUCUGAACAAGCCGCUGCCUGCUCUUCCCGUCGGACUUAGUCCACGCAGUUCUCUGACGUCUGCAACUGGUGGAGUGAACAGCUACACUGGCCGAACCGCUUCACAUGGUAAAGCAAACCCAUCCCCAGCCCUCAAAUCUAUACCUACAGAUUCUAAAGUCCGUCCGACUGUCGUUCCAGGCCAUGUCGCCUCCAUCGAUGACAGUGCUCCAAUGGUGUUGGACACUUCAACAGCUGCCCAAUUUGCGUUUGCAAUGGCAGGAGUUGACCUCGACAUCAAAGAUAUUGUGGACAACCACCUUGCCUCUCUUGGCACUGGACAUGAAGGCCACCCGCACCUGGACGAGGCUGAAGAGGCGGAGAAACAAAGAGCAACCGAAGAAUUCUAUGUUGGUGUCAAGCCUGAAGAAGCACCAGGCCAAUUUUACGCUCCUCUCCUCGAUGAGACCUCCGGCUAUGGCAACUACCGGGACGGCAUGGAAGAUUUUCCUGAAAUGUGGCAGCCUGAUACGGAAUGGAUGACACCGCCCUUGGUCGCGGGCUCUCAGAAAACGGCAGCUGAGGUUGGCAAGCCCGUGAAAGCUCCAAAGACAAUUCUCAAGCCAAAGUCUCGCAAGGCUCCCAAGCAUGACAUCCAUAUGGCCGACGGCGAUUCGACCAAUGCUGUGUCUCCGACCGUCUUUCCACCACCCACCGAGCAGAUUGCGUACACUGACUCGCUGUCCAAGACAAACAAGCGUACAGCGUCAGAUUCCUUCUCCGCUCAAACCACCAUACACCACACGAUCGAAGACGAAGAAGAAUCAGAUGAGUUCCUCGACGUGCUCCCAAGCAAGAAACUCCGCGUUACCGAGCACGCAGCCAACGAAGAGAUCCAACGCGUGCAAAGCUUGCGAGCCAUCUCAGUCCACAGCGACGACUCGGACUACUCCGACACCGAGGCCGACACUCCAAAUUCAACCUCGUACUCAGGGAUUGGAAUCCCCAGCCCGAAGCGCACCUCGCCAACCCUAACCAGCUUCCCAGGCCAAUUCACAAGCUUCGAAGCCCCCUACCUCGAGCGCAAAAAGACCCGUCACGUCCGCAAUAACACCGUCGACACCUUUCCGUUCGGACAUCCCCUCCACCCGAACAACAUCUACACACACACGAACUUCAUCUUAGACCCGGACGCCGACACACUCGACUACACGCAGCAGAUGCUCGACCGCCUCCCCGUGCGCAACAUGGCAUGGGAGCACGCGAUCUCUCAGUCAAACCGUGCCGCCAAGGUCUUGACCCGCACCCCAUCGGAGGAGAACCUGCGCCGCGAGGCCCACUUGGAGUGUGCCGGCGCACGUCUCGAAGGCGUCGCCGUGGGCCAGUACCGCUACUACCAGGGCCACAUGAGCGUCGAGGAGUACGUUGCCGCCAACAUGUGCGUCUGCUGGGGCGGCUGCUACUGCAGCAAGCUGUGCACUCGCUUCGGUGAUGUGCUGUGCCCCUGCAGUAGUAAUAUCUUGCUUCCUGAGCAGUGA